CUUCAUUCAUUAUGAUAUUUUAGCACGCAUAUGAUACACACACAGUACACUGCAUGCACUAAUGUCCCCCUCUGUAAAAACCUCUGUUUAUUUUGUGGUACCUUUUUUUUUCCUUUUCUCUCUCUCUCUAGUCUCUACAACUCUCUCUCUUUCUCUCUCCCCAUCAAAAGACUAAAUUAAGCCUUCUCAAAAGGCCUCAGCUUUUAUUUCAUUGUCUGCCAUUUUAAUAAUUCCUCUUUAAAAUAAUUCCACAUCAUUUCCCCCUGUCAUCUUUUCCCUAUAUGUUUUCUCAUGUCCCUCACACACACACACACACAGACUGAAGUACAGCCAAGAAAAAGGAAAUCAAAUUCGUCCUUCAUAAACCCAUUUGCAGUCCUUUUUCAAGAUCACUUUUUUCUUUUGCACUACCAACGAACACCGCCAUUAAAAUGGACAGAGAAAUUUCAGCUCAAAGCUCUCCCCAUUUUCUUGAUUAAACAGAAAAACCUUCUCGUAGCUCGCUUCCCUUAAAAAACCCAUCUUCAUCCCUGCAAAAAAACUCCCUUAAAAAUCCCAUCUUGCAGAAUAAAACACAAAACAAAAAAAAAAAAAAACCCAUCUUCAUCCCAGCGAAGAAACUCCAUUAAAAACCCAAUCUUGCAGGGAAAAAAGAAAAACACAAAAUCAAAACCAGAAAAAUGAUAACGGGCACUGACUUUUACCACGUGAUGACCGCCGUGGUCCCCCUGUACGUGGCGAUGAUCCUCGCCUACGGCUCCGUCAAGUGGUGGCGGAUCUUCACCCCCGACCAGUGCUCCGGCAUCAACCGCUUCGUGGCUCUGUUCGCCGUCCCCCUCCUCUCCUUCCACUUCAUCUCCACCAACGAUCCCUACACCAUGAACCUCCGCUUCAUCGCCGCCGACACCCUCCAGAAGCUCAUCGUCCUCGCCGUCCUCGCCGUCUGGUCCCACACCAGCCGCCGCGGCUCCCUCGAGUGGUCCAUCACCCUCUUCUCCCUCUCCACCCUCCCCAACACUCUCGUCAUGGGCAUCCCCCUUCUGAAAGGCAUGUACGGCGAGUUUUCCGGCAGCCUCAUGGUCCAGAUCGUCGUACUCCAGUGCAUAAUCUGGUACACCCUCAUGCUCUUCCUCUUCGAGUACAGGGGCGCCCGCACCCUCAUCGCCGAGCAGUUCCCCGACACGGCCGGGUCCAUCAUCUCGUUCCGGGUCGACUCGGACAUCAUCUCGCUCGACGGGAAGGAGCCGCUGCAGACGGAGGCCGAGAUCGGGGAGGACGGCAAGCUCCACGUCACGGUCAGGAAGUCGGCCAGCUCGAGGUCGGAGAUCUUCUCGCGGCGGUCUCACGGCGGCGGGCCGAACUCCGGGCUAUCGUUGACCCCCCGGCCGUCGAACUUGACCAACGCCGAGAUUUAUUCCCUGCAGUCGUCGAGGAACCCUACGCCGAGGGGCUCGAGCUUUAACCACACGGACUUCUACUCGAUGGUGAACGGGAGGAACGUGAGUCCCCGGCAGUCGAAUUAUGGGAACGCCGGGUAUGACGAGGAGGGAGGGUACGCGGGCCAGGCUCGGGCCAACGGGAUGUUCUCUCCCGGGCCGGGUGGCCCGAAGAAGAAGGGUGAAAAUGGGAAGGAUCUUCACAUGUUUGUCUGGAGUUCGAGUGCAUCCCCUGUUUCUGAAGGGGGGAUUCAUGUCUUCAGAGGUGGGGAUUAUGGGAACGAGGCGAAUGUCGGAGCUCAUCCUAAAGAUUACGAUGAUUUUGGUCGUGAUAAAUAUAGCUUUGCAAACAAGCAAGGCCCGAACGCGACUGAGCGUGAAGGGCCCGUUUUGUCUAAACUUGGGUCGAGCUCGACUGCCGAGCUUCACCCGAAGGCUAGUGUCGAGACAAAGCCAACUGCAAUGCCGCCAACUAGCGUGAUGACUAGGCUUAUCCUAAUCAUGGUUUGGCGAAAACUUAUUCGAAAUCCAAACACUUACUCGAGUCUCAUUGGACUCACUUGGUCUUUAGUCUCCUUCAAGUGGCAUGUUGAGAUGCCGGCCAUAAUAGCAAAGUCGAUAUCCAUUUUGUCGGAUGCGGGUCUUGGAAUGGCUAUGUUCAGUCUUGGGUUGUUUAUGGCAUUGCAGCCAAGAAUCAUCGCGUGUGGUAAAUCAGUGGCUGCUUUCUCCAUGGCCAUUCGGUUUUUAACGGGCCCUGCAGUUAUGGCGGCUGCUUCUAUUGCUGUUGGGCUUCGAGGCGUGCUUUUGCGAGUUGCAAUUGUGCAGGCUGCUCUACCACAAGGGAUUGUGCCUUUUGUCUUUGCUAAGGAAUACAAUGUUCAUCCGGACAUACUUAGCACCGGGGUUAUAUUUGGAAUGCUGGUGGCUCUCCCCAUAACUCUAGUCUACUAUAUCUUUUUGGGACUCUGAGGAUGAGCAACAAACAAAGUCUCUAGCAGUGCAAAGUUCGAGAUUCAUUGCAAUUCAGAAUAUGAAAACAUCGCUUUUGGUCUGGGCAUUAUAUUUUGGGUUCUAACAGAGAAUGAGAGAUAAUCAGAAGGAGAAGAAAAUUGUACUUAAAUUGCAUAUCAGGCAACAAAUAUCAAGAAUUGAGAAAAAAGAAGAUGAAAUUGAAAAUGGAAAUAUUGGAUAGGUUUGUAGUAUUUAGUGGUAGUUUGUAGUUGUAGAUUUUAUUUUAUUUUGUUUCCAAGUCUUUUUGGGUUUCUUGUUUUGUGAACUCAGUUUGUGACCCUUUCUCGUAUCAAUUGUUUUUGUUCUUUUAUUUGGUGAAAAAAAGUGAAGCUUUGUUUCAAGUGUUGGAAAAUUCAUGCCACGAGGUAGAUUUUACCUUUUUCCUUUGAAGGUGUAGUUAAAAGUUAACAUUUGUACUUAAAAAAGCAUCUCUAUGCAGGAAAAGGCCUGGUUAAUUCAAGUAAUCUACUUUUUCAGACUUUUCAAAA